AUGGACAUCCUCCACCACUUCGCAUCCCUCUACCAUUCCGCUACCCACAUCCGCCACACCCUCUUCGAAGCCCACGACAUGAUGGUAAGCACUUCGACCUACGAACGCGCCACAGAGACCCUCGACUUCCUACGUCUCAAACUCUCGCCUGCUCUAGCCAAACCCCGAGUCGCGAUCGUGUGUGGUUCCGGCUUGGGAGGUUUGGCUCAGGUGGUGAAUGGAGGGUUGGUGGAGACGUGGGAGUACAAGGAUGUGCCGAAUUUUCCGUUGUCGACUGGUACGUAUCUACUUAGGUUUUUUUCACUUUCAUAUGAAAGGAGUCGUACCUUCAAGCUGAUGCUCCCUGAUCCUAGUGCCUGGCCAUGAAGGCAAAUUGAUAUUCGCGACCAUGGGCCAGACAAAUGUCCCCGUCGUACUACUCGUGGGUCGCGCGCAGUCAGUAGAUAGCCCUGAAAAUCAAAUCGUCAUUCGAGGUUCAGAAGCUCAUCGCCUUUCUAUUACAGUUUCUACGAAGGCCAUAAUAUGGACACGGUAACAUUUGCUACUCGAGUCUGCAAGUUGCUCGGUGUCGAGACGAUGCUCCUGACCAACGCCGCCGGAGGUCUCAAUCCGGACUACAACGUCGGGGACAUCGUCUGCCUGAACGAUCACCUCAACCUAGCUGGACUCGUCGGCUUCCACCCACUCAGGGGACAGAACGAAGAAGAACUCGGCGUCCGCUUUCCACCAUUGAGCGACGCGUACGAUUUCUCCCUCCGACAACUCACUCACAAAUCCUGGAGUGAGCUGAGACAGCAGUCGCCAAGUGAGCGAAGGAUGCAUGAAGGCGUCUAUGCUUUUGCCGCCGGACCAAGCUACGAGACACGUGCAGAGUGCCGCAUGCUGCGAAGUCUGGGGGCUGAUGUAGUGGGCAUGUCGACGGUACCCGAGAUCAUCGUGGCAAGACACUCCGGUAUGCGUGUCCUUGCAUUCAGCUUAGUGACCAACAAAGCGGUGCUCGAUCCAACACUCCGCGCAGACAAUGCAGAGGUCCAGAGCAUGUCCCGCGAGCAGCUCGACGAAUGGAUGAGUCGCGGUAAGGCGGAUCAUGGCGAGGUCCUCGAGGCCGGCAGGCUGGCGGCAAUGGAUAUGCAGAGUCUGGUACUCCGCAUAGUAUCGUCAUUGUGA